GAAGGAUCGUAUUGUUUUGAUAGUAGCGACAGAUGAAUAUAGUGACGUAAAUAAGUUUAAGUAUACUAAUCAAUAAUUCGGUGUCAUGUAUUAUGUAACGUGAUAAACAUUGAAACAUUCUGCUAAUAGCGCAGUAGUGGCGAAGUACGUCGGCACACGUACAGCAGGAUAUUUUUUUAGACUUGUGUUCCAUGUAUCAGUUAAAGGACGCAAGCGUGGCCUAUAUUUGCUGUAACUGAAUUCAGAAAACAUUCGUUAUGCAAGGAGAAACAAGAUUGCUAAAAAUAUUUACUAUGAAUUGCUGGGGAAUACCACUGGUAUCCAAGAAUCGGCACGAAAGAAUUACUGCCCUAGCAGAUCACUUGGCAACGUGUGACUAUGACUUUGUGUGCCUACAGGAACUGUGGUCAGAAUAUGAUUACCACUUUAUCAAGGAAAAAACUGUUGACUCCUUACCAUAUUCACACUACUUCCACAGUGGUGUGCUGGGCUCCGGUCUCUGUGUUCUUUCACGAUUUCCAAUAGAAGAUGUUUUUUUCCACCAGUGGCCUAUGAAUGGAUAUAUGCACAAAUUGCAGCAUGGAGACUGGUUUGGUGGUAAAGGUAUUGGUGUAUGCCGUAUCCAACUGGAAGAUGUUUAUGUGAAUGUGUAUACUGCUCAUCUGCAUGCGGAGUACAAUCCAUCAAAUGAUGAGUACUUGGCACACCGUGUACUUCAAGCACUGGAUGCAGCACAGUUUGUACGGCUAACAGCAGCAGGCUCCGAUGUGGCUAUCUUGGGUGGUGACCUUAAUGCACUGCCUGGUGACCUUGCCCAAAGAAUUAUUUGCUUAUAUGCAGAAUUAGAAGACAGUUGCUGUGUGGCUCAUCCAACGGAGACCCACAAAAAUUUUGGUACAAAUGAAACAGCAGCCAACAGCUAUACUGGUAAAAGAGUAGCAAGGGAGCAACCUGAGGGUAAAAGAAUAGAUUACAUAAUGUUUCGGACGUCAUCAAGAGUGAAGGUUGAGCGUGUUCAGUACAAGCAUCCAUUACCGGAUCGUGUUCCACAACACAGUUUCAGUUACUCUGAUCAUGAUGCAGUCCUAGCAACACUGGAGCUAUCUGUAAUGUCUCCUGAAGCUCAACCACAAAUCGAUGAACCAAAGCCGGAUCCAAUACCCGCUCUGACUGAGGGAGUGGCAGUUUGUGGCAGCGCACUUCGCCAGCUUCGAAGAUCCCGCCGCAUUUACUGGGUGUUUUCUGUGCUGUUCUUCGUCGUAGUUGUGUGUGCAACAGUAUUUGAUGCGCCAGAAGCUUAUGACAAGAUACUCGAUGUGGUUAUUGCUGUGGCUUCUAUUUUGUUUUGUUUUACACUUUUUAUGUGUUCUUUGUGGAACCCAAUAGAAGUUAAUGCAAUACGGGCUGGAAAGUUAGCAAUGGAAGUGACAUUAGCUGCUGCAGAACUGCGUCUGGCAGGCUUUGUGGCUCAGAUGGAGGCUGCAGGGGCUGAGCAUAGAGAAAGAAGCCAAAAUAGCAAACAGACUAGACAAUCACUUACAUCGGAAGUUGAUGAGGGUGAGAGUAGCAUGACUAAUCAGUCAGAUGUCCUUAGUAACAGAAGCAGUAGACAAAGCAAAUGUUUAUUGCUGUCAGAAAGCAAAAAGGACACUGAUAUGGGUUCUAGGCAGUUACUGCUCUCAGAAUCAAUGGACAUAGUAGAAAACCAUACAGGACAGCCACUUUUGCAAGAUACAAGGCAUAAUUCACAAGGGGAACAUAGGCAGUCAGUACUUAUUCCAAAUUUUUCAUUUCUUCAUAAGUGUUGGUUUAGGGCAGAUUCAAAAUCAUAGUAUGUUACCAGUUGCAGAGAAGUUAUAACUGCUCGCCCCUGCAGCUCAGAAGAAUGAGUCUCGAGAAGCCAUCCUGAUGAAUAAAGUAAGAAUUCCAGAUUUUAUUAAGAUGUGUGUGCUAAUCCAUACUGCCACUUGAUUAAAAGUCUGCGACAGCUUGUGUUUGUGGUGUAGUUAAUUUUUAUAGUUUGUGUAUGUGGUUAACUUAGCAUUUAUUAUCUUUUUUAGGAGGACCAAGCUGUGUAAUAUUUCUCUACAAAUUUGUAGUUCUUCCAUUUGUGAACACUUUUUGUUAAGAAAAUCUUCUGUGUUUAUGCUUUCCAGUCUUGCAUUUGAACCAUUUUGUGCACAUGAGUGUGCAUCAAAUACAAUGUGUAAGGUUGUGAUAUCUGCUGCUCACCUAUAUCUCAGACCAUCCACCUUUGCUGCUCACCUAUAUCUCAGACCAUCCACCUCUGUUUGUCACUAAUUAUCAAUACUUUUAGAACAAGAAAGAAACCAUCACUUUGGCAAUCAAAGAGAUUGUUCAGUGUGUGUGUGUGUGUGUGUGUGUGUGUGUGUGUGUGCAGGCUAUCAUUUUUAGUCCAAGUACUAGCCCCCUUUCUGAGGAACAAAACUAGCUGAAGGUUAAGUUCUCUCACAGGCAUUUUUAUUAUUCGAUACUGCUGAACAUAUCUGUAUUCUGCUGGUUAGAAAUAGAAUAAAUCUGGAGCAUUCCAUGUGGUGUGCAAAUAACUAUUAACAUUUUCCUUACAGUUGUACUACAGCUUGCUUUCAUCUUUCAUCAGUUGUGAUGAACAUUGCUAAAUUGGUAGAAUGAAUCAUUAGGUCAAGUUUAACAUUUGUAUGUUUUAAUUGGAUUUCUUUAAUAGUUUUUAUAAAAGGGACUAGCUAUCUUAAUCCCUGUUACCAGGUGGUGGUAGAAUUUUUGUUUGUUUUGGGACUGUCACUAUUUGUAGCAAAGAUUUUUUUCUAUAUAGCUUUUGGCAAACAUAAAAAAAGGCAUAACAUCAUUUGUUACAAAGUGUUCCUCUUAAUAUCAGAAGCAUAAAUUGUUUUCUCGUAACUAUGUUGUACACGGUAUUACAUGGAUAAAUAUGAUUUUUGAAGAUUCAUAAUAGUAAUAUGGAUGCUGUCAUAAGCGUAUUGUUUAUGAGAAGUUACUGUUCAGCCGUCCAUUAAAAAUAUCUGUAGAGCAGCAGAAUAUAAAUAAUUGUUGAAUACCUGUUAAACAUAGUUUUUGUUGUGCUGCUGUACAAGAAUUUUUUAGUUAUUAAAAUGUAUCAGUAGACUCUGUCUUUUAUAACAAAAAAAGGUAAUUUUAACAUAUUUUUAUAGUGAUGAUGUGAAUAACACUAUUAUUUCAGUACCUAUCAUUUGCAGCUGACUGACAAUAGGUAGCUCAAAUUACGUUACCCUGUCUCUUUGUUGGGUAAGAAUUCCUAGGUUUAGAAUCUUAUUCACUUAGCAUUCCUAUCCAUGUAUGUAAUAUGGUUCUCACUCAGUGGUCUAAAAUAGAAAAUAAGUUUCUCAAUUGUAGCUACAUUGGGUGAUAUUACUUCCAUUUAUUGCAACUUGCAGCAUAAAAUUCGUAAGGGGAAAUGUAUGAUGCAGUACCCAGUAUUGUACACUAUGCAAUAAAUAGUGUGACUCAGUACCAAGAUGUACACUAAUUUUCAAUCAGUAGUUGCUGACUAUGACUGUGGACUAAACAUGAAACAGUUACCAACACAGCCCACAAUUUAGAUUUGCUGUUUGUAGUGUAGUAUACAUUAUUAUUUUACUGUGUUUUUGUAUUAUUUAUUUAUUUAUUUAUUUAAAUCACAAGAUAACCAACAACAAAUGAAUGUUUCUGGCUGUAUCCAGUGUUGUCACUACAGCAAGUAGAAGCACAUUCUGUGAUAAAGUUAAAGUGAAUACUGUCUAUUGGUUUUCAUUUAAAAAAUAUGGACUGUGUGUAUAUUUAAUGACAGCAAAUAAUGGUGAUAAAAUUAAUCCAAAUUGCCCCAUAAUAGUAUAUUCAUUGGCAUGUGAUUCUGCUUAUAAUUUAGAACUUUUUCAGUAAAUAAUUAUUUGAAGGAAAGUGCUCAAUGUUAAGAUAACUGUAAUAUGUUGUAAGAAGUAUCUGAAAUUUUACAUUUAUUUUAUUCAUACCUUACAGUGACUUUUAAAAACAUUAAUAACUCAGUGUAUGAGUGGCUGAUAUAUUUGCUUAAACACACAUGCUGCAUGAAUUUAAAUUCUUGACUUCCAUGAUCACCAUGUCAUUAUGGGGACUGCUGUAAAACAUGGGCACCCACAAGCAAUGCAAUGCAACUUGUUUUGAGCCAUCAUUUCAAUAGAAAUAAAAAAAAAACUUGCUUAAGUUUCAGAGAAUGUAAGUGGAAGUGCAGUAAGAGAGAGAAAGGGAUUUUAGUAGUAGGAGCUGAAUAUUAGAAAUUUUACUUUGUUGUCAUCAUCAUGAAAUUAUGUGCUAUUUCAUAUGAAAUGGCUGUACUCCAGCUUUUGUAUUCUCAAGUAAUAAUUUGUUGUGUAAAGACAUAAAAUGCUGAAACAUGCAUGUAAAUCUGUAUUAAGGGUAACUUAGUAAUUUCAUGUUAUAAGAUCAGAAAUGUCUCGUGUCAAACAGUGGAAAAUCCAGGAUGGAAUAAUGACAAUAUCAUGAAAAGGACUGUCUCAUAUUUUGUUUAUUGCUGGAUCUUUUUUAUUAUGUACCAAUUAAGGUUAAAUGCAGUUUUUAGGGAUUUUUUGUGGAAAAAUAUAUAUAUCAAUAUGUACAAAACUUAUUGUGAUAUGCUGUGAUGCUAAAGUAUUAUAAAUAUGCCAAAAAUGUAAA